AUGGCACCUUCAGAUGAAGCUAUUGUGGUCUACCCUUCCGGUCUUAAGCUUGCCCUGCUUAUGACUUCCACUUUCAUCUGCAUGUUUCUUGUGGCCUUGGAUAAACUUAUCAUCUCAACUGCUACACCGGCAAUUACUGACGAAUUCGGUGCGGCGAACGAUAUUGGUUGGUAUGGUACGGCAUACUUGCUCACGAAUUGCGCACUCCUGUUGGUAUUUGGAAAACUAUAUACAUUUUUAAAUAUAAAAGCUACGUUUUUAGCGGCCGUGGUUUUGUUCGAGGUAGGCUCUGCUAUUUGCGGGGCAGCACCAAAUUCAAUCGCCUUCAUCAUUGGUAGAGCCAUUGCUGGCCUGGGAGCCGGAGGCAUUCAAUCUGGAGUUUUCGUCAUCAUAGUUUACGCUGUUCCUCUUCAGAAACGACCCCAAUAUCAGGGAUUAUUUGGUGCAAUAUAUGGGAUUGCAUCAGUGAUUGGUCCGUUGAUUGGCGGUGCCUUUACCACGAAUGUUACCUGGAGAUGGUGUUUUUACAUCAACCUUCCUCUUGGAGGCCUGGUUUUUGUUUUUAUCUUCUUCUUGCUUCAGGUUCCUGAUCGUUCUACAACAAAUUCGGAUACCUUGAAACACAAGUUGAAGCAGCUUAAUGUAGGGGGUCUGAUCAGCCUUCUUCCUGGAGUGAUAUGCUUAUGCCUUGCUCUUCAAUGGGGAGGUUUUACAUAUAACUGGAGUGACAAACGUAUUAUCGCGUUACUUGUGGUCGCCUUCGUGCUUUUGAUAGCCUUUGUCUUAACGCAGAUUUUGAUGCCAGACCAAGCCAUUGUUCCACCAUACAUAUUCACACAGCGCAGUAUUGCUGGUGGCUUCUGGGUGAGCUGCUGCGUUGGUGCACAUCAAACACUAUUGAUAUAUUUCCUCCCGAUCUGGUUCCAGGCCGUCAAAAGCGACUCAGCUGUUGAGAGUGGCAUUCACCUCCUACCUGUGGUAAUUUCUCUUGUAGUUGGAUCAAUUCUUUCCGGCGUGUUGACGUCCCGAAUUGGAUACUAUAUGCCAUUCCUAAUAAUAGGCAUUUGCAUUGCAGCGGUCGGUGCCGGUAUACUGACUACUCUGCAUAUAAACACAUCGGUCGGCCAAUGGAUUGGCUAUCAGAUUGUAUAUGGCUUCGGUUUGGGGGCUUGUUUCCAGGCCCCUAAUAUGGCAGCGCAGACAGUGCUACAACGAAACCAAGUGUCUAUCGGUGCCUCGCUCAUGCUGUUUGCCCAGACUCUUUUUGGUGCCAUUUUCGUCUCGGUUGGCCAGAAUGUUGUCGAUGGCCAACUAGCUAGCCGUCUUGCUGGUAUCACGAGUAUUACACCUCAGCAAAUCGAGACUGCAGGUAUAACCGGUCUCUUUCAAAUCAUUCCGCCUCAGUAUCACACUGCAGCACUGGAAGCUUACAAUGAUUCACUUCGCGUAUGUUUUCGGGUUGCUCUUACCUUGGCUUGCCUGGCUAUUCUGGGUAGUAUUUUCAUGGAAUGGCUUAAUGUCAAAAAGGAGAAGCAGAAGGAGAGUCACGGUGACAACACUGAAACUACCCAGGAGAAGUAG